GGUUAGAGCACUUCUGCUCUAUUCUGUGAGAAUAAAACACUGCAGUUUCAAAAAACCAUUUCUUUCUCUCUUCUGGAAUAACGCACACCGGAGCAUUACUUUUUUUCCCCUUUUUUAAAUGAUCAGUUAGUUUGGUUAUCGUAUGGAGAAGCCCAAUUCCUCAGUACAGCUUGGAUCUAACAGAGAAAGACAAAAGCAGUUUUCAGCUCCAACUGCAGAUUAACAAUCCACAGCAUCGGGUAAUACAGGAAGAAAAAGCAACUUGGCCUCUGGAUUUUCCAUCUCCCACAGAAGCAAAACCAGCUGGAAGACUUUUUUUCUUGCCUCCCGACGGUCACCACACUCGUGUUAAAAUGAAGAUAUUCAAGUGGACUUUGGGUGUCCUGCUGUUCCUGCUGUUGUCCAUCGGGCGCUGCACGGAACAAUCCACGCCGAGCAAGACGCCCCAACGGAGACACCCUCGCUCAGCAGAGGGUGGAGAGGAAGGGAAGAAAUGUGGCUACACCUUCUUGGUCCCAGAACAAAAAAUCACGGGGCCAAUUUGCGUGAACACCAACGGACCGGCCGCCGGGAACAGGAAGGACGAAGUCACCAGGAUGGACAUCGAGAACCUGAAGGAUGUGCUGUCCAAGCAAAAGCGGGAGAUUGACAUUUUGCAGUUGGUGGUGGACGUGGAUGGAAACAUUGUGAACGAAGUCAAAUUACUGAGGAAAGAAAGUCGGAACAUGAACUCCCGGGUCACCCAACUGUACAUGCAACUCUUGCACGAGAUCAUCCGGAAGCGUGACAACUCGCUGGAGCUUUCCCAACUGGAAAACAAAGUCCUGAACGUCACAACAGAAAUGCUGAGGAUGGCAACGAAAUACAAGGAGCUCGAAGUAAAAUACGCAGCACUGACUGAUCUGGUAAACAACCAGUCUGUGACUAUCUCACUGCUGGAAGAGCAGUGCUUGAGAAUCUUCUCUCGACAGGACACCCACGGGUCCCCACCCCUCGUCCAAGUGGUGCCACAGCACAUUCCCAACAGCCAGCCCUACACUCCCGUCCUUCUGGGAGGUAAUGAGAUACAGAGAGACCCGGGAUACCCCAGAGAUGUAAGGCCACCACCUGAUCCAGCCACUUCUCCUACAAAGAGUCCUUUCAGAGUGCCACCACUGGCUCUGAUUAAUGAGGGUCCAUUCAAAGACUGCCAACAAGCCAAGGAAGCUGGACAUUCCAACAGUGGGAUUUACAUGAUCAAACCUGAAAACAGCAACGAGCCAAUGCAACUGUGGUGUGAGAACAGCCUGGACCCUGGAGGAUGGGCAGUUAUUCAGAAGAGGACAGAUGGAUCUGUCAACUUUUUCAGGAACUGGGACAGUUACAAGAAAGGAUUUGGAAACAUUGAUGGAGAGUACUGGCUGGGACUGGAAAACAUCUACAUGCUCAGCAAUCAGGAUAAUUACAGACUAUUGAUUGAGCUGGAGGACUGGAGCAACAAGAAGGUCUAUGCCGAGUACAGCAGCUUCCGCCUGGAGCCCGAGAGCGAGUUCUACAGGCUGCGCCUGGGAACGUACCAAGGGAACGCCGGCGAUUCCAUGAUCUGGCACAACGGGAAGCAGUUCACCACACUGGACAGAGACAGGGACAUGUAUUCAGGAAACUGUGCCCACUUCCACAAAGGCGGCUGGUGGUACAACGCGUGUGCCCACUCCAACCUCAACGGGGUGUGGUACAGGGGAGGCCACUACAGGAGCAAGUACCAGGAUGGAAUAUUUUGGGCUGAGUACCGGGGAGGCUCCUACUCCUUGAAAGCAGUUCAGAUGAUGAUCAGGCCUAUAGACUGAGGAGGAAAACCCCGCAGCGCUCGAGGGAUCCCGUAUAAACUUCCCCGUGCUUGAGUUCCAGAAAAAAUAAAGUAUUACUUUUUUAAUCAUUA